AAAAGAAGAAGAAGAAAGCCGGAACCAAAAGUUACUUUGAUCUUACAAAAUAAAAAUAGUUCGUAGCUUUGACUGUCGCCGAUUAACUUCAUAGAGUUCAUACCAUAACUUGACAAUUUCCCCAGCCAACCCCUUGAAGACUAGAAAGAACAAAGGAGAGAGCCAUGGCCAUGGGAGAGGAAUCAUCCUCUUAUUCGUCUUAUUCUUCUUCUUCUUCAAAUAAUGCUUCUGCCAUAGACUCAUCCAACAUUGGUUUUCAGCUACUAAAGAAGAACGGUUGGAAAGAAGGUACCGGUCUUGGUGCUUCCGAGCAGGGUAGGUUGGAGCCUGUUCAAACAUAUUUAAAGAACAAUAGACGUGGCCUGGGCGCAGAUAAAGAUGAAAAGACAGCCAAGAAGCCUUAUGACACUGCUGCAUCUAAUGAGAAAAAUGUCCUGGCACGCAAUGAUUCUUUUAGAUCUGUCCCUCCAUUGCCAACUUCUUCUGCACUACCAGCAAGCCAACAGCAGAAGCCUCCUGGUCUUCCUAUGACUGGGAUGUCCAUGCCAAUGCCGUUUCACCAGUCACAGGUUUCUGUGCAAUAUGGUGGCCCCAACCAGCAGCUUCAAUCUCAGGGUAUGACAGCUGCUGCUUCGCUUCAAAUGCCGUUGCAUAUGCCUUUAGCGAUGGGAAAUCCACCCCAAGUGCAACCGCCUGUGUUUGUUCAAGGUCUCCAACCCCAUCCUAUGCAGACUCGAGGAAUUAUUCAUCAAGGCCAGGGCUUGAGUUUCACCACUCAAAUGGGUCCUCCUCAGUUGCCCCCUCAGUUAAGCAGUAUGGGAAUCACCAUGUCCCCACAGUACUCCCAGCAGCAGGGAGGAAAAUUUGGAGUUCAGCGUAAAACUUCUGUCAAGAUUACUCAUCUUCACCACUCAAAUGGGUCCUCCCAGCCUAUUCCAUCAUAUGCACCUUCUCAUACUAUGAGCUUUUAUACUCCCAAUUCUUACAAUACCAGUCCUAUAUACUAUCCACCUCAGAGUUCUGUUCCUUUAACAAGUAGCCCGAUGGCACCCAGUUCCCAAGUGCCAAGAUUUAAUUAUCAAGUUGGACAGGGUCCCCAAAACAUGACGUUCAUGAAUCCUGCUCUUAGUUCCCUACCUGUUAAUAAGACUGGGACCCAAAUGCAUGGUGUGGCAGAUCUACCAAACUUGGAACAUUCCCAUGAUCUACAUACUAUAAUCUCCUCUGCUCUGUCAACAACGAUUCCAGUUACAGUUAAGCCAAGUGCUGGUUCUAUUGGAGAAAAGGUUGCAGACUCAAUGCGGCCAAAUAGCACACAUGGUGCUGAAAAGGGUGAAUCUCCUAAACAUAGUGUGUCAAUACCAUCAUAUGGGACAAAACAGUUGGUUAUUGCAAAUCCAAAGUCGAAGAUUGUACAAUCUGCACAUUGUGAAGUUUGCAAAAUCAAUUGCAACUCCAAGUGUGUACUGGACACACAUAAGUUGGGAAAGAAGCACAAGAAGAACCUAGAGAAAUUAAAUAAAGCUAAUGAAGUUACUGCCUCUGCCCAAAGUUCUGCCGAAUCAGAUAAUCCUGCAAUUGGGCCACAAGAACCGCCUGAUAUCGGUGAUAAGGGCGAAGCUGUUGAUUUGCAAAAUAGUCGGAAGAAGGCAGCAGAGCCUGUAGAGGAUUUGGAAACAAAGAGACAGAAGGUUCUCCGAGGUGGAGCAGGAGCCGAAGUAGUAUGGAGAUGUGCACUGUGUAAUGUUGUGUGUAGUAGUAAGACGGGCUUUCUCUCUCAUCUUGCAGGACAAAAGCAUGCUCUUACGAUAAACAAACAUAAGUUGGCAAGGAAGCACAAGGAGAACCUAGAGAAAUUAAAUAAAGCUAAUAAAGCUGCCGCUGCUACUUACAAAAAUAAAGCUACUGCCUCUGCCCAAAGUUUUGCAGAAUCAAAUAAUCCUGCAAUUGGGCCACAAGAACUGCCUGAUAUCGGUGACAAGGGCGAAGUUGUUGAUUUGCAAAAUAGUAGGAAGAAGGCAGCAGAGCCUGUAGAGGAUUUGAAGAAGGCAGCAGAGCCUGUAGAGGAUUUGGAAACAAAGAGACGGAAGGUUCUUCAAGGUGGGUCGGUAGCCGAAGCAGUAAGGACGUGCAAUGUGUAAUGUUGUGUGUAAUAGUGAGACAGUCUUUAAUUCUCAUCUUGCGGGACAAAAACAUGCUGAUAUGAUGAAGAAACGUGCAGGUGAGAGAAUCGGCUUUUAACAUGUCGGAUGAGAAACGAGUUUUCGUAUCCGCGGCUAAAUAUGUGUAGCACAUACUCAUUUUGCCCACUAGACAGUCGACAGAUUUGGAAGACUUGGGAAUUCUCUUCAACUCAGUUUUCCCAUGCAACGGGAGAAUAUGUACAUGGAAGCAAGCAGAUAAGGAAAGCAAGAAAACUGCUCUUUUUAAAAUGCCUAUAGAUAUGGGAUGGAGAACAAAGGAAGCGGUUGGCUUGGACGAAGACAAAUGUUUGUACACUUAUUCGUCAAAGAAAGCUUCCUCAUUAUCUUCUAGGGAGCUUGGAAUGAAGCUCUUUUUUAGAACAUGAAAAUAGAGGUGAACGGAGGAGCUAAACCAAAGAUCCUCCCCUUUAGUUUGUCUUUUUUCUUCCUAUUCCCAUUGUUGUACGAGGAAAAAAAAAAUGACGUAAACCAAAGAAAAAUAAGAGAAUUUUAACCAUAAUACACUAGUGGAAUCACAGAUUUGAAAUAUA